AUGUUCGCUGCUCGUCAGUCCCUCAACCUCCUCCAGAAGCGUAGCUUCUCCGCUUCUGCUAGCCAGGCCUCCAAGGUUGCCGUUCUCGGUGCCGCCGGUGGCAUUGGCCAGCCUCUGUCCCUGCUCAUGAAGCAGAACCCCCUUGUCACUGACCUCGCCCUCUACGACAUCCGCGGUGGACCUGGUGUCGCUGCUGAUAUCAGCCACAUCAACACCAACAGCACCGUCAAGGGCUACGAGCCUACUCCCUCUGGCCUCCGCGAUGCCCUCAAGGGCUCCGAGAUCAUCCUCAUCCCUGCCGGUGUUCCCCGCAAGCCCGGCAUGACCCGUGAUGACCUCUUCAACACCAACGCCUCCAUCGUCCGCGACCUCGCCAAGGCCGCCGCUGAGGCUGCUCCCGAGGCUAACAUCCUCGUCAUCUCCAACCCCGUCAACUCCACCGUCCCCAUCGUCUCCGAGGUCUACAAGUCCAAGGGUGUCUACAACCCCAAGCGCCUCUUCGGUGUCACCACCCUGGACGUUGUCCGUGCCUCCCGCUUCAUCUCCCAGGUCAAGGGCACCAACCCCGCCAACGAGGCCGUCACCGUCAUCGGUGGCCACUCCGGUGUGACCAUCGUUCCCCUCCUCUCCCAGUCCAACCACCCCGACAUCUCUGGCACCGUCCGUGACGAGCUGGUCAACCGCAUCCAGUUCGGUGGUGACGAGGUCGUCAAGGCCAAGGACGGUGCUGGUUCCGCCACCCUCUCCAUGGCCAUGGCCGGUGCUCGCUUCGCCGACUCCCUCCUCAGGGCCGCCAACGGCGAGAAGGGCAUCGUCGAGCCCACCUUCGUUGAGAGCCCUCUCUUCAAGGACCAGGGUGUUAACUUCUUCGCCUCCAAGGUCGAGCUCGGCCCCAACGGUGUUGAGAAGAUCCACGAGGUUGGCCCCGUCAACGAGUACGAGCAGGGUCUCAUCCAGACCGCCCUCGGUGACCUCAAGAAGAACAUCCAGAAGGGUGUUGACUUCGUCAAGCAGAACCCUUAA